GUCGUGCGGCGCACUAACUGGAGUUAGAGAGGGGCUGGGGGAUAAGGAGUGGGGGAGGGCCCAGCUGGAGAGGCCAAGAAGGGGGUGGGGAUGGGAUGAAGAGAGUGCGGGUGAGACGGCAACCGGAGGGCGUAAAGGAUGUCCAACAAAUAGAGCCAGUGUUCAACAACAGGGAGAAAGGAGUAGGCGCCGGCAACCGGAGCUGGAGCUGAGCCCGGCAGGAGGGGGCCGGAGCUGGGCGGGAGCGCUCACCUCCAGAAUAGAAACCGAAAGCCCAAGAGGCGGAGCUCUGGACCCCGCCUUCCUCGCAGCCCCUCCCCCAAGCCCCCACCCACCCCAGCCUGAACCUCGGAGAUUUAAAUAGAUUGCGCCCUGCGCUGUGCGCGGAGCAGACGGGAGCUGCGGCUACAGCAGCUGCACUGGCUCCCAGCCUCGGACUAUGCGCCUGAGCGGCCCCGGAGCUCCCCCGCCGCUCCGCCCGCGGCGCCGAGCCGCGCCCACCCGCCUGGGAACCAGAGUAGCUGCUGCUGGAGUGGAGCCCAAGCCCGCCGCCGGACGCUAUGGGCGACCCCACAGGCUGGCCCAGUCUGUAGAAUGGUAGCACACAGUAAGGUGGCAGCCGACAAUGCAGUUACAGCAGACACCAGAAGAAGACUCGACCCUUCUCCUCCUUCUCCUCCGUCCCACCGGGCUGGCCGGGAACAUUCCAGCCCGCAGCCCAGAUCACAACACGGCCUGGCCCCUCAGCAUGGUGCGGUGGCCCUGGCGGCGACGACCCAGGGACAGGGGGACACUCACUUCCGAACCUUCCGCUCCCAAGCGGACUACUUCAGCAUCACCCGAGCCAGCGCCUUGCUGGACGCCUGUGGCUUCUAUUGGGGGCCUCUGAGUGUGAACGUGGCCCAUGAGAAACUCAAGGGUGAGCCAGUGGGGACCUUCCUUGUCCGAGACAGCCGGCAGAAAAACUGUUUUUUUGCCAUCAGCGUUAAGAUGGCUUCAGGGCCCACCAGCAUCCGGGUCAACUUCCAGGCCGGUCGAUUCAACCUGGAUGGCAGCCGGGAGACCUUCGACUGCCUCUUUAAGCUGCUGGAACAUUACCUGAACUCUCCCAGAAAAAUGUUGGUGACCCCCCUUCGACAGCUAAGGGUACGGCCCCUGCAGGAGCUGUGUCGAAAGAGCAUCGUAGCCACCUUCGGAAGGGACAACUUGGGCAAGAUCCCCCUAAAUCCUGUCCUUAAGGACUACCUGAAGUCUUUUCCUUUCCAGAUAUGAAAAGAUGGAAGAAUAUGGUGGCAGCAUUAACUAUGUUUUUUUUUUUUUUUUGUGGGGGGGAAGGGGAAUUGAUGUUUUUCUCUGGGGUAGGGGGAAAGGCAGUAAGAGGGAGUUGAUGCUGAUUUUGUGUGGGGUUUGGUGUUUAUGGCAGAAGACACCUAGAAAAGGAAGAAAACAAAGUUCCCUCCCCAGGAAGGAAUGUCCUCCCGUGGAGCUGUCCCAGCCCUUGCGUGCUUCUUCCCUCCUGCCUCAGAGUCAAUCGAGGCCCAUUUAUUUUUCUAUUAUCCUUAAUGUAUUUGGGAUAGGGACCUGUAUACACUCGUCUCCCUUCCCUCCUCAUGUUUACAAACCAAAUAUCUUUGCACAAACCAGGGGUUUGGGGUCUCUGGCUUAAUUUUUCUGCUAUGCAGAAACUUAUUAUUUUAUAUUUUUUAAAGAAGAAUAAUGUAAUAAACUUUAUUAUAAAAGUUUUUUUUAAACUAAAAGAGAAA